AUGAACAAGUGGGCCCCCAUAGCUCCCAAUAAGCCAGGACAACCCUCCACUUCUCGUUUCACCUCGGUACUCAAACCUCAAAAGCCCGGACACAAACCUCAAGUCGUCGGUGCCGCCUUGGUCGGUCCAUGGCCCGAAUCUGUACUCACCCACAUCAUCACCUUUCUUCCCGUUCCCGACUUACCGCAAGUGGCCCGUGUCAACAGAGCCUUUGCGCGGCUCGUCAGGGAUGACUCUGGAUGGGAGAAACGAGCUCGGCUCUUGGGCCUUUCACCUCAUAGAUCCAAACCUCUCAUCAAAUCGCCCCAGAAGCCGUCGUCGGGAGCUCAACAAGACGAUGAGUUUGGUGAUUUCUCAACGUCCACAGAUGUCUUCGAGGACAUCGAUUUUGGAGACUCCCGGACCGAUCAGAAAUCCGGAAAUGACCUACUCGACUUUGCGGACCUCCCACUGCCUUCCAAGCCUUCUGGUCAAAAGGCCACUGGUUUCUUUGCUUUGACACCCCCAGCUUCUAUCGGACCAGGUCCAUAUCUGCUCGCUUACAGAAACCAUCAUCUAUCUCUGCUACCAUCAUGUCACCAUCUUCGAUCAUCUCCCUCCCCAAGCUCAACGCUGGCGCUUCUAUUCCCUCCAUCCCCCACCACCGCUCUGCCUCCUUCCCUUGCCGAGCAAUCAAAUGGUCUCCUCACUCUGCUUCUGUUCCUGUCACCUCGACUGCAACCCUUACGAGACUGGGGCUUCUUACGACAAGCUUUGCUCUCAGCUGCUGACCGUUUUGACUCAUCCUGUUUGAUGGCCUUCGAAGUGGCUGACAGCAAACAAGAUGAAGCAGGUAUGCGACUCGCUGCGGAGAGCAGUUGGAAGGUUUGGGAUGCAGGAGGAGGGCGACGGGAGCAAUGGGAAUGCGGCAGAGUAUGGGUAGAGAAGCGAGAAGUAUUCUACGAGACGUCUAAAUGGGAUCCGUUGGAGAACAUCGUCAAAGCUCAGUCACCCAGUGGAGGGACCGUUCGUCAGCUCGACUUCACCCCCAUGGAUGCUUUCAUGUCUCAUGUUCUUGAGACAUUCCGCCUCGAUGCCCAACUGGCGGUCCGAGUAUUCCCAUUGUCCGCAAGGGUCGUUCUCUCUUUCUGCGAACGAGUCGCCAACGACGUCAUUGGUGAAUACCUUCAAUCACUACUGUCACAGGCAAGGAUAGUAUCUCAGGAUCUCUUCCUUCAGGCCACGGCGGCCACAUUCGUCCAGGCUUGGAAGCUCGUGGAUGUGGCGAUGGAAGUUCUUGGAGACCAGCAGACAUUCAUACCUCGUACAAAGAUAGAGGAUGUCGUCUACCGCAUGUUCGAGGUGAAUAUGGACGAGUAUCUCGAAGAAGAGACAGAAGCAGUCAAGCGGCAACUGGAUAGCGUUUGUCAGGCGUGGGAUCAGCAGGUGAUGCAGCUCGCUGGAUCCGAAAAACCGGCUCAGUCCUCCAAGCCCACCUUUCUGUCCGCCUCAAACCCAGACCAGGUCAAACGCAACGUCCUUGCGGGAUUUCGAGACGCGCUCCUCCUUCCCGUGACUAUCGUGCCUCGUACAGUGACGCUAGGUGUCAAUGCCAUUGUGACGGGUGGAAGUCAAGCAGUCAAUGGCCUGUCCAUGCUCAAUCCUCAAAAGUGGGGUGGUGCGAAUGGGCGUCCGCAGCUCGUCAAGCAAGAGGAUGGCGAAGUGCUCAUGGAGACUUCGGUCGCUGAGGACGUCAAUGCCUCUGAAACGACAGAAGAGGUUCUUCCACCCCCGUCGUCGCAACCUAACGGCAAAGACUCCUCGCCUACGAUUGCCUCGACCGACCGCAAGGCUUUCGACCGCAUGCAGCUCUUGGUGUCUCUUGACACGGCUCUCGAACUCAUACACGCCGAUCGUGAUUCUCUGAAGCGAGCAGAAACUUUUGCCAAGUAUCCAGGAAAGUGUGGGCACCGUGUCAGGGAGACACUCGAGGAGAUCUUCAUCCUACUUCUCAAAGCUACAGGGGAUCGUCACAUCGCUCCAGGAUUUAAAAUUGCAACGAAUCAGAUGCGGUCGUAUCGCCCUGCCGAACAUUCCGAGACUACGAGCGUUGCUCCUCUCCUUCAAUUCUUCGAGCUGGUGCAUGUCGGAGACACUGUCCAGUCCAUGGUGCAAGUCUACUUUGACAAGGAGCUGGCCCAAUACGUGGACAGGACCGACUUUUUGAAUGCGGUGAUGCGAGAGAAGAAGCGUUUCGAGGCGGUGUUGGACGACGCUGUAGCCGCCGGUCUGAAUGCCGGUAUCGAGGUCCUCAUGAAUCAAGUCGAACACAUCAUUCUGGUCAAGACAGGUCCUCGGGAGUAUUACCCGGUGGAAGGUACACAUAUGGAGCUCAAGCCUACAGAGGGGUGCCGGGAGGCAAUAGCCUGUCUAGAGAUGCACUGUAACCUUUUGAAGGGUAGUACCUCCAAAGAGGUCCUAGAAGUGUUCUAUCAAGAGGUCGGGAUCCGACUGCAAGCGAUCCUGCAAAGGCAUUUGAAACGACAAAUUAUAUCACUUGAAGGAGGAUUUCAAAUCAUCGCCGACCUGAACGCUUAUCAUGCUUUUGUGGCCUCUCUGAAGCAACAGCGCAUCACCGAGGAUUUUUCCAACUUGAAAAUGCUGGGACAUGUGUACAUUGUGUCGGACGCCAAAGAUCUGGCUCAGAUCGUGCGGGAUGUGACACGGUAUGGAGGUACAUUCCGACCUGAAGACAUCUACGAGUUCAUCCAGAGACGGAGUGACUGGAAGAAGAUUGAGAAGACGGUGGACAAGGCCAUGUACGCUCUGUCUGUCAAGGAGGACUGCGUGAUCAUGUGA